AUUACCGCCACGCGCACAUACAAACAAGCGCCUGUGUUUAAGCGACCAUCGAAUUCAUUCGUUUCAACAGGAUUAAAAACAGAGCAGAAAAAAAGCUCAUCCGGAAUUCUGGUGAGGACCUGGGAAUAGGGUUACAUUCAAGAAUGGCAUUAAACUGACUAAGUGGCAGCAUGGACCUUUGGAUAUUUCCAUCCUCACUCCCAAACUUGUCAGAGCCUCUCAUGUAUGAGAGCUUUAUUCUGGGCAAUGUUUCAGAUGAGAGCUUAAGGAAUGCCACUGACAACAGCUUCACCAAGACAGGCACAGUGGUCAUGACGUUCAUUUACUUCAUAGUUUGUGCUGUAGGGCUUUGUGGCAAUGCUCUGGUUAUUUAUGUCAUUUUGCGUUAUGCCAAAAUGAAGACUGUAACUAACAUCUACAUCCUUAAUUUGGCUGUGGCUGAUGUGCUUUUCAUGAUGAGCCUGCCCUUCAUUGCAAUCCAGUUAGCCCUGGUUCACUGGCCCUUUGGAGCAGUGUUGUGUCGUGUGGUCAUGACUGUGGACUCUCUCAAUCAGUUCACCAGCAUCUUCUGUUUGAUGGUCAUGAGCAUUGAUAGAUACUUGGCUGUGGUGCAUCCUAUCAAGUCCACCAAGUGGAGAAAGCCUCGACUGGCCAAGAUCAUUAACCUGGCAGUGUGGGGAGUUUCCUUGCUGGUCAACUUGCCCAUCAUCAUCUUCAGCAGCUUGAUCACCAAGCCAGGUGGUUGUUUCUGCACCAUUGUGUGGCCUGAGCCACAGGAGGCCUAUUACACAGCCUUCAUGUUCUACACUUUCUUUCUGGGCUUCUUUCUGCCUUUAAUGGUUAUUUGCAUGUGCUACUUACUCAUCAUUAUCAAAGUAAAAUCAUCUGGGAUACGGGUGAGCUCCUCCAAGCGGAAGCGCUCAGAAAGGAAGGUGACACGCAUGGUGUCUAUUGUGGUUGCUGUGUUUGUGUUUUGCUGGCUUCCAUUUUAUGUCUUCAAUGUGACAUCUGUAACUGGCACCAUUAGCACGACACCGAUCUUGAGGAGCACCUUUGCAUUUGUGGUAGUGCUGGGAUAUGCUAACAGCUGUGCCAAUCCAAUUCUGUAUGCCUUCUUGUCAGAGAAUUUCAAGAAGAGCUUCCAGAAUGUUCUGUGCCUGAAGAAAGUAGGUGGCCUGGAUGAGAUUGACCAUAGUGACAGUAGGCAAGACAAGACACGGAUGAACCCUAGUGAAACUCAGAGCACACUACUGAAUGGAGACCUGCAGACCAGCAUUUGAGAGAAAACAACAAAACUCUUUAGACAUGCAUAUGGUUAUGGACAACAGAUGGACAAAACAUUUUAUGGAAAAAAAAUAAAGUGAGGAAGAAGACUGAUAAAUUGAACAGAUGAACAGCGGCAUCAACCAUUUUUACCAGUUCACAAAAGAAAAAAAGCAUGACAUAUUUUUUCAGUUAUAGAUCAAGGAUAUUGAAUGAUGUCUUUAUUAAAAAUAAGGAACAUUUGUCUUACUCUUCAUUUGUGAUAUACUGAACCUAUUAAAGUAUUGUUUUCCUGAAUUCACUGCAAAAUUCAAGUAAGAUGUCCAUAAAGUUCUUCAGACUGCAGAGGGUCAUUAAACACAAGAGGUGACAAGGAGUCAAGGGUUUCUUGCUUUUGACGAGUUUACCCAAAGAUAACUUUAUUAGAAAGAUAAGAUAAGUUAACAAGACAACGUUAUUAACAGCACAGCACUUAUCUAUCUGUUUUAAUGGAGCAAUCUCUUAUUCUUUUGAGAGCAAAAUGUUGGAAGUGUUUUGCUAUUCUAAAUGAAAGACUUUACAUUCUUUUUAUUGUAUUAUUGCCUUUUGGACCAUUGAAAAUUAAAACUACCUGUGUGUGGCAUUGCCUUUGAAUGUUUACUAUGAAUCCACAGAAGGUACCUGAAUGUCUAGAAUUAUGUAACCCUUCCUUUCUGACAGGAUUAACAGUUUUGUAUUAUCCUUUUUUUGUAAAUAGUAUUGCUGAGACCUUUGUAAGGUACAUCAUUCAUGUGAACCGUCCCUCUCUCAUCCAAAUGUAGCUUGCCUUUAAUAUUUAAUGGGAUAGCUGCUGGCUUAACACUAACCGAACUGCUGCUAUCGUGUAUAGAUUUCUGUGGAAUACUGGAGAUUAUUGUCUCUGUUCUUGCCAUAACCUAUGUUUAAAAUGUACAACCUUCUCCAAAUUCCACUCACUGUUUCUUACACUGUAUAACUACAAUUCGUAAAUAUAUUGUGCCAUUUAUUAGUUUCAUUUAUUAAAAGCAAGAUUUUCCUCUAUAUUACUUGCAUACAUUAGAACAAAAUCUAGUUUUGUUUAAUACCAUGAUGUGCCAGAUAAUACAGUACAAAUACAUAUCUUUGUGAGAUUGUUUUUCUAGGUGUAUAUUCUCCAGUCUAUAUAGAGAUGUCAAAUUGCAAAAGGGCUAGAACAUGUGUUAACUUGGGCAGUCAUGUUCUUUUAAAAUCCUUGCAGAUUCUUUCACUGUUACUAUCCUGA